AUGUCGAGGGGAGGUGCAGGUUUUGGUUCUGUGAGUAUCCUGAGUGUUCACGACAACAACAAAGAAGACCGUGUCUUUGACUUCACCUGUAUCCCGUUGAUCUUGUUGUACUUUCCGGAGACUUUUGUGGAACUGACGUGUGAAUGGAGCAACUACGUGAACGAUUUCGAUCAACUCAUAGAGUACCAAUGCCCUAAUGACAAUGUUGUUGCUGGGAUUUCCAGUUACCACGACAACCACCCUGAAGACAGACGUUUUAAGUUCUACUGUUGCAGACCAAAUGAUCUGGUCACUCACGGUUGCGAAUACACGGGUUAUGUGAACAGCUACGAUCAGCUGCUCAACUACACAGUGCCGGACGGCUGGGUGCUCCGGGGGAUGACAAGCGUGCACGACAACAGCAAGAACGACCGCAUAUUCCAGUUUGACGUAUGCAGACUGGAUAGACUCCAGCUGAACCCUGGCGCCUCGGUUGUGGGAUAAGACCGUGUGACGUCGCGUCUUGUCAUCGAUAUAACAUCGGGUCCUGAGAGGGCCUCUCAGCGGAUGACGUCAUAUUGCAGUUCCUAGGAGAUGGAAGGCGAUGAACACGGAAUGUGAAAGAGGACAACUUAAGAGCGGUCAAUGAUAAUAAAGCCCCGAGUCAAGAUC